CCCUCCUCAUCCACCCGCCGUGCGCCACCCACGACGACGACGACUCGCCGCCGGCCGAGACCAACAGCGAUGGGGAGGUCGCCGUGCUGCGAGAAGGAGCACACUAACAAGGGCGCGUGGACCAAGGAGGAGGACGAGCGCCUCGUCGCCUACAUCCGCGCCCACGGCGAGGGCUGCUGGCGCUCGCUCCCCAAGGCCGCCGGCCUCCUCCGCUGCGGCAAGAGCUGCCGCCUCCGCUGGAUCAACUACCUCCGCCCCGACCUCAAGCGCGGCAACUUCACCGCCGACGAGGACGACCUCAUCAUCAAGCUCCACAGCCUCCUCGGCAACAAGUGGUCUCUGAUCGCGGCGAGGCUGCCGGGGAGGACGGACAACGAGAUCAAGAACUACUGGAACACGCACAUCCGCCGGAAGCUUCUCGGCAGGGGGAUCGACCCCGUCACGCACCGCCCCGUCAACGCCGCCGCCGCCACCAUCUCCUUCCAUCCCCAGCCGCCGCCAACGACGAAGGAGGAGCAGCUCAUACUCAGCAAGCCGCCCAAGUGCCCCGACCUCAACCUGGACCUCUGCAUCAGCCCGCCGUCGUGCCAGGAAGAAGACGAUGACUAUGAGGCGAAGCCGGCGAUGAUCGUGAGGGCGCCGGAGCUGCAGCGCCGCCGCGGCGGCCUCUGCUUCGGCUGCAGCCUCGGCCUCCAGAAGGAGUGCAAGUGCAGCGGCGGCGGCGCCGGCGCCGGCGCCGGCAACAACUUCCUCGGCCUCAGGGCUGGCAUGCUCGACUUCAGAAGCCUCCCCAUGAAAUGAAAUGAUCCUGCAAACCAAUCCAUGAUCGUUACACUUUCUCUUCUCUUUUGGGUUCUUGAUUUCUUAGCUAGCUUUGGUUACUGCUUAGUGUUAGUCCUUCUUAAUUAGGAUCAGAUAGAGGAAUACUUCCUUUGGGGAGAUGAUCAGUGAUCUUGUUGAUCACUUCCUCCAUUUUGUGUAAAUACUGUUCCACUCAUACUUAGUUCAGUUGAUGAUAUGGUUAUUUAGGUUGUUGGAUGUAAAUUUGUUCUCGGUCUGAAAAUCUAUGGUAUUUGUCAUGCCUUGCCGAGAAGAAAA